AUGGUCGACUGUCAGCGAAUGGACUUUGGUUCGUAUGAGGCCCCGUUUCCGGCUUCUGUCACGGCUCGCUCGCUCAUGCUCAUACGAGCGCGCCAGAUCUGGGAGCUGCGGGCUUCCCACAGGGGGUCGAGUAACGCACCCAGCAUCGCCAUGAUCGUCACCCUCUUGCUGUCGGUGCUCAACGCCGGCUUGCUGGCCAUUCCCAUUGGCGGCACGGCCGGCGUGCUUGCCGGCAUCGACUACCAUCGUCGCGUCACCGGCCAGGCUCCUCUCUUUUCCAACCCGUCCGGAGGCGGCGGUGGCGGCUUCGAUGGCGGCGACGGCGGCAACGGCACCGACGACAACAGCACCUAUCCCGGCUGGGAUGGCGACAAGCCCAACGCGACCGUCGUCAUCGGCGGCACCACCAUGUCCGAAUACUGCCAGCAGUACAACGAGAUUGCCAUCAACGCUACCGACGGCCAGAACUAUACCGUCAAUCCGAACCAGUGGGGUUGGGAACAGGCCAAGGGCGGUGGCCUGUGUCUGAAUGUCACCACGUUCAACAAUGAUACGUAUCCCACAAACACCACCGCACCCAAGUGGUCUGCUACCUGGCAGUACCCCGUUGGCGAGACCAGCCAGCCUGUGCAUGCCUACCCCAACAUCAUGAUCCGAGGCGACGUCUUGCCCGCCAAGCUCGGCAGCCUGACUGAGCUCGGCAUCGACAUGCAUUGGACCUAUACCGACAACAAGACCAUCACCGUCACCAACACCAACUCUACCGUUACCACCCAUACCAACUCCACCAAGCGUGCCGUCGUUUCCGUCGAUUUCAGUGCCAAUGUCGCCAUCGACAUGUUCUUCGACAAAAACGCCACCAAGUCGCAGCUCACCUCCGAUGCCGACUACGAGGUCAUGGUGUGGUUUGCCCAGUUUGGCAAAUAUGCUGAUCCCAUCGGCUAUUCCGACGGCAUCGUCGCCUCCCAGAUUGUCGAUGGCGUCAAUUUCACGCUCUACAACGGCACAAACAGCAAGGACCAGCACGUCCUCACCUGGAUCUCCGAAAACGAGACGAACAAGUUCAACGGCAGCAUCCAUCCGCUGCUCACCUCACUUCCCAACCUGGGCCUAAAGUACGCGCCGGCCAGCACUGACUACAUUGGCUACUUCAGUUUCGGCUCAGAGGCGUACUACUCCGAGACCACCGUGAUAUUCAACGUGCUGGGCUUGGAAAUGAAUGUGUGGUAA